UUCAAUUAGGAAUUUUUUGCAUUUACAUUAAGAACAUCAUCUUAUUCAUGGCUCUACUUCUCAGUCGGCUCUCGAGACUCCGCCUUGGGAAACCUGUGUUUGUAAGAUCUUCUCUUCUCCAUUCUAAUGGCUUCUCAACUUCCUUGCUGCAAAUCCCUCCUUAUCACGUCUUCAGCGCUGAUCCUUGUGGACCAAGAUACCCGGAUCUCGGUAAACUCAUCAUUUUCAAAGCUAAUGAAUAUGACAGCACUCACUUGGAAAAGAAGGUUCCAAUGGAGUUGGUAGAUGGAAAGGCCAUGGUAACGAUCGGGUCAUCUCAUGGCUGGGUAGCUACUUUGAAGGACGAUGGAGUAGUGCGUCUCCAAGACGAUCUAAACCUGGUUGCAUCUGAUACAGAUCCGAAACGCAUUCCCCUGCCCCCUCUUGUAACUCUGCCUCAUUGCCAAACCCAAGUUGUCACCAACGUGGCCAUGUCUUCUUCUUCUCCUGAGGAUGAAGACUGUCUUGUGGCUGUCAAGUUCUUAGGACCUCAGAUCAGCUUAUGUAGACCAGCUCAAAGAAACUCCCAGUGGAUCAACAUCAGAAUCGAAAACCCAUGUUUCCACUCCUCCCCUGUUAUGUUUUCCAAGAAAGAUGGCAUGUUUCACAUUCCCGGAUCUGGAGGUCACCUCAUUGGAUCAUGGGAUCUCCACAAACAUAAGAACAAACCCAAGAUUCAGAGGUUGCGAUUCAAAAACCUUCCCGAGCUCACCAAGACCAAAAGGGAGCUUUUGCAUUCGUGUUGCACGAGCGAACACUUGGUAGAGUCAAGAACCACAAAUGAGACUUUCUUGGUUAAGUGGUAUAGGAAGGUCACCACCAGUGGCGUGGUGAAAAUGAAAACAAGAGCUUUAAUGGUCUUCAAGCUAGACGAAGAAGGGAACGCUGUUUACACCCAAGACAUCGGAGAUCUCUGCAUUUUCCUCUCAAAGUCUGAACCCUUUUGUGUCACUGCUAGCUCCUAUCCCGGCAUGUGCUCUAACAAAGUCCACACCUUGGAUGUCGACGAAGACGCACUUGUCGAUCUUUCUGAUUCCUCCAUCAUUAGUGGAAUUUGUACUUUCGGGUCCCCUUACUAUAUUCCACCUCAAAAAUUUGACUCUUAGGCUGGAAUUAUGUCCCCUAGUGCUAGAAGAGUCUUGUCUUUUCUUAAACCUUUCAAAUAUCAAAUCUAUUUUAUAUAUUCUCUGUGAGAUUGAGAUGCAUAUGCUCUUAAAUAUACCACCUUUUGGCACAUUUGAUAAUCUGCGAUGACUCGUCUUCAUGAUCAGAUAUAUAUGAUGAACUAGAACUCUGUUCUUUGGAAAAAGGUUCUUUUCC